AUGGUUACUAAUGCAGAAAGUAAACCUUCCCAGGAGUUCUGCCCAGGACCUCCUCCUCAUCCUGCAGACUUUGUCCUUACAGCCUGCGAUGGAGCAAUUAUUGAUCAGUUUGGCUAUGAGAGAUUUAUCAGAGCCUUUGACGAAAGAAUGGGGUGGAUCCUAUCCGAGGAAGAAGUUGUAAGGGACCGACUGUCAAAGUUGCCCUGGUUGAGCAAACACCGGCUGAGUGGUAGGGAUACCGUAGGGAGAGCCGUCAGCCCUAUCGAUGUUAUAUCGUCCUGUCUUCCCUAA